GGUGCUGUCUCAGAAGCCGUGGUGCUGAAAGUGCAGAGCUGUCAUGUGGUCCGUUUUUUUCCUAUUCCUGUCUUACUUAGACGGAGACUUUGCUAAAGGCGAACUUUCCGUUUUAGACGCGGAAAAAGAGAGCCAGGUUUCAUACUUUGUGCUCAACAGGACUUCGUGUGCGGACACUUCAGCUUGCCAUAUCGCGCUGAACCCUCAGAAAGACGACAAUGGGAGAUCAAAGACUGUAAGACAAGAGACUGAAGACGGAAAAUACGCUGCAAGCGACAUACACACUUUGCGGAGAUCCAAGCGGGGCUUCACUUAUCCCGGGACUCUGUGGUGCGGGCCAGGAAACCUCGCCGAUAACUACGAUCAACUAGGAGAGUUUGCUGUGAGACGGACAAAUGCUGCCGUACACAUGACCACUGUCCCCAUGUGAUUCAUGCAUUUUCUUCAAAAUAUGGCUUCACCAACUUUAAGUGGCAUUCCAUUUCACACUGUGACUGUGACAAUAUAAUGAAGAACUGUCUGAGGGCGGUUAAUGAUACUUCAUCGCGGGUGGUUGGCCAGGCUUUCUUUAAUGUGAUUGAAGUUCCCUGUUUUGAAUUCUCCCUUGAGGAGCAAUGUGUUGAGCGGCACUGGUAUGGAGUGUGUAAGAGAUAUGACAAAGUGCCUGUUGCAGUCAUUAGAGAGUCAAUGCCUUAUGAUUUUGGGGGCAUUGAAGUUAUUGAUGUGUUGACCGUAGUACCUCCUAAGAUAAAAUUAUCUGAGAUAGAAGAAGGCAAGGGAGAACAAAUGCAGAGGUUGGAAACCACAACACAGUCAAGUGCCUCAGGAUCCAAAAACCCUGCACCAGAAGAGCCUUCACUUACCAAUGUUGUCACAGCAGCUGAGGACUUCAUCAAAGUACUUGCUACAGUUUCCACUUCACAAAGCUCAUCUACUGAUGGUAGAAACACACGUGAAACACAGGCCUCAGACAAGAAGAGGAAGAAGAAUGCAGGCAAAAAUAAAAAAGAUUCUAAGAAGAGAAGAGGAAAGGGGAAGGGAAAAAAGAGAAAGCAGAGCACAGGCAGGGUUCCAAAAGCCAAUGGGAGUGUCACUGGGGCUCCAUCUGGCAAUAGAGCAGAAGAUGUCAUCAACAAAAACAAUUUUUUGGAAGACUCUGGGAAUUUUGACAGGGUCAGCAAGAAUCACAACUUCAUGAACAGCCCGUUAAGUUCUGUGGGAGACAAUAAGUACCCCAAUAAGAUGAUGAGGGAUGAGCAUCAGAGGACACCUGACAAGAGUCAAGUCAGCACCACUACUGCACCAGAUACAAAGCAAGGGGCCAAUAUGUUAGAACCACAAAAGCAAAUCAAGGAUUUGGAAUUUGUACAACUCAUCUCCACAGUGCCAAUAACUAUCACCAGCAAACCUACAACUGCUAUACUGAGACAAAGAAUGACAAAAAAGAAGCAGAGACAUCCAAUUCCAACUUACAUCCCUGUAAAAGACGCCCUACACAGUAUGAUGGCUGAUAACACUGCAGUGAGUAAAAGUGAAAGCACCAGCUUAGCAGGUCUGACAACACACACUCCCAGUCUACCAGGGGAGGAGGCACCACACAACAUUGAGUCCCAGCGUGAAAGGGGAUCUGCAUUUAAUGCCACCACACAGAAUACACCCAUUGUUGGAAUCAAAAAGCUGAGGUUGAGGCAGAAAGGGGGGAGGAGGAAAAGUCAGAAGCUGAACAACCCUUCCUCCCCCACAGAUGCCUUUACAACAGAAGAACCAACAGUUCUCCUGACUGACACAACUCAAGAGCUGACUGCUGGCCUACUUCCUGAAUCACAGAGUGCAUCACAGAGGCUGCAGUCUAAUGGACCAAGGAACAUGGCAGAAAAACUUACAACAGGUGUAUCUGGUGAAAUUCGCCGUAAAACAUUAAAGAGCAGUGGAGUCAGAAAGAGAGCUCGACAACCCAAGUCCAAUUCAUCCAUAAUGGAGGAUGUUAUCAAGGCAAGGCAAAAAGCCAUAGUGAUCAUGGUUAACAGUAUCUCAACAAGUUCCCCUGAUUUAGCUACUCAGACAAAGGAUAUUGAGGCAAGCACUGAGCUUUUCUCUUCUUGACUACAGGCUCUCACUCCAUCUAUGCCACCUCUCAAAAACAGAACAUCCAAGAGAUUCUUCUCUUCAAAAGAGAGGGAUGACGAGUAGAAAAAAAUGAAAAGGCACAAAAAUCUGGGUGUAACUUCCUGAAACCAAAUGAGUAGAAUGGCUUUUUAGUAGUUGGCAUGUGUCAUGAUGAUCAGAGCUGUUAGUACAAUAAGAAAGAUAUGAUAUAAAGUAUAAUGUUUUGUAAAACUCAGUGAUGGUAGACAGUACCGUUGCCUAUAUUCAACACUGUCACUAAAUAAAGUAAGUUGAAAAACA